CAUUGUCAGGCUGCAGUCACACUUGCUUCGCUCAGCACUUUGCUCGGUGUUAAGGAUAUACAGCAUCAACAAAGUGAAAAACGGCCACAGCAAUCCUAUAAAUUGUCCAUUUAAUGAAAAAGCAAGGAUUAACGCGCAUUGAGUAUGUGUAUCUGAGUUCCAGCGAGCGCAGGGAUUACAGGUAACUGAGGAGCAACCAGGUAGCCGAGGAGGCGGCGUGAGCUUGCCCAGCGGAGUCUCACUUUCGGGGUGGUAAACAAACACCGGCGUUCGUACAGUCCCGGCCAUAGAAAUAUAGCCACGAUGCUGGCCCAGACGGUCUACCUGAAGAUGACGCGUCUCUCGCUGCGCUCUGCCUCGAAUCUCUCCAAGCGACGGGUGGACGAGCUGAACUCCGGGGUCGGGGAGCUUCGCCAGCUUCUCUCCUGCGUGGUCUGCUGCCAGCUCCUGGUGGAUCCCUACUCGCCGAAGGGCAAGCGCUGCCAGCACAACGUGUGCCGGCUGUGCCUGCGCGGCAAGAAGCGCCUCUUCCCCAACUGCUCCCAGUGCGAGGAGUGCUCCGACUUCAAGACCUACGAGGAGAAUCGCCUGAUGGGCAUCCAGUUGCUCUGCUACAAGACGCUGUGCGUCCACCUCCUGCAGUCCUCGCUGUUCGGCCAGCUGGCCGGUCUGAGGCCCCAGGUGGGCCGGGAGCUGGUGCCGCGCAUCAAGCUGCCGCCCAUGACCACCCAGGAGUUCAUACGCGAGGGCUCCAACAUCUCGGACACGGGCGACACCUUCCUGCCCCAGCCGGACCUGCCGUUCCUCAAGGAUCUGCCCACAUCACUGCCCGCCGAGACGCCGCCGACAACGGCAGCCACCACUCCGGAGCUGCCCUACGAUCAGCACCUAAACAUCAGCGACAUCGAGGCGGAGGCGGCGGCCACAGCCGAGCAGGGUCACUUCUCGCCGAUUCCCCUGCUGCCCACGGGAUCACGCAUGGGCCUGCUGUCACAUGGCGGACAGAUGGUCAUCGCCACUGAGUCCGGUUUCAUGGAACACCCGUGGACGGACCAGGUGGACCUGUCCGGGGCCGUUUCUGUGUCCAGUUUCCCCAGCAACAGCACUAACUUUGCCGUUUCCUAUGUAAUGCCCACGGCAGCGUCCACACCGUUCGAUCCCCAAGAGCUGCAAAUCGGCCAGGUGGUCCAAAUGGCGGACUCCACUCAGUUGGCUGUGCUGGCCGCCGUUGAGGAGACCGUUGAAACCUCCACCCAGUUGGCUGUGGUCUCCACCACCAUUGAGGAGCAAGAAAUGGUCUCUACUCAGUUGGCUGUGCUGUCCUCCGUUGAAGAACACAAUGAAAUCUGCGCUCAGUUGGAUGAGCUGCCUGCCGAGGAUUCACAGGAGUCUCUGGAAACUUUUGAAGAUCACAAAGAGAGCGUGGAAUCAGAGGCUUUGGCGGAAAUUGUGGAGCACGAAGAGGAUAACACUCAGUUGGCUAUACAAACUUCACAGUCACCUUUACUUGCGCAUAUGGAUGAGCCAGAGGAAGAGGUAGUUACUCACAAAAGGAAACUGUCCCAGAUGCAAGCAGAAGAACAGGAGGAGGAACGGCUUGAUAAGGACUUGGCGGAGCUGGAAGCAGCAGCUGAAGAGGCGGCAGAGGAGGAGUUGCUACCCAACAGUGUGGAGCUGCAGGAUGAGGCCAGUGCCGAUGAAGCCCCUCUUAAACGAAAGAGAACCCGUAGUCUGAAAGCCUCGCAAGCUGCCAAAAUUGAGCCUGCUCCGGCUGAGGUCAAAGCCAAAAUGCAGUCUGGAAAGGGUGCCUUCCGCAAGUUUCGCGGAAAGGAAAAGGAGGAAAAGAACAAGCCAACGAAGCCGAAGUGCCGCUGCGGUGUCUCCGGCUCGGCGAAUACCCUGACCACCUGCCGCAACUCUCGUUGUCAAUGCUACACCUCAGGCAAUAGUUGCGCUGGCUGCUAUUGUGUGUGUUGCAAAAAUCCCCAUAAAGAAGACUUUGUUGAGAGUGAUAAUGAUGAAGACUGCGAAGAGCUGCAAAAAGAGCCAGAGCCGAUGGAGCAAUCAGAAGAAAUAGCCGCAGCUAAGCAAGAGGAGAAGCAACGGGAAUCGGCGGCACCAGAAUCUUCGGGCGACGGCAUCAGCUUAGUGCCCUUGAGCAAUCUGCAGCAGUCACAGCAUCCCUUGGUGCUGGUCCAAAAUGAGAACGGCGAGUACCAGGGUUUUAACAUCUUCCAGGGCAACAAGCCCGUUGACCCAGCCACAGUUGGUUUCAUGCGCGUCCAGCUGCAGAACAACGAUCCCAACAAUUCCGUUCCCCAGUACGCGUACGUGAUGCCACCGCCUGCGGUGCCGGAGCCACCAGUCCCAUCUCUAUCGCCUCAACCUCCCCCGGUUCCGGAAAGGGAUGUCAUCGAGCCGCCGGCCAAAAAAUACAGGACAAGAACACGUAGAGGAAUGGCCAACUUCUCGGCCCUCGACACGGUGGACGAGCUUGUCAGUGGCGGAUCCAGGAGCAAUUCUGCCGCCGGCGACAGAUUGUCGGCCACUGACAAUGCCCACUCACUGUUUGAGGAGAUCAUGUCCGGCUCGGAUGACUUGUAAGCAAGGCGACUCACCCAUAGAUGUUGUUUUAUCCUUAUAGUGCUUUUUUUUUAUUUUUUUUUGUUUACAUGUAUUUUGUGAUGCCCAGAAAUUAUCCUUUAAAGGAUAUCUUUGAUUCAUGUUAUGAACGUUUCUAUUCAACACUUAAAUGCCUCCAUAACUAGUCAAAGCACUGGGCAUUAUCCUCACUGAUCCUCUUAUCUCUUAUUAUUCGUAACAUAUUUUGUUCCUCUAAUCAAGCAACAACCACUCAAAUCAACUCCCAAAUAUCUUUUAGGAGCAUUCUACAUCCUGAGGAUUUCCUAGACUUUUUGUAAUCAUCCAGCAAACGUUUCCAAAACUCAAUUUUUUAAGCAACCAAUAGUCGUAUAGUAUUAAGCGAUGUAUGCUACAUAUAAAUAUGUAAUGCAAUUCUGCAGCUGCCGCAGGAAAAGAUCUAUUUAAGGGCAAGGCAAUAGUCACAACUAAAGGAAAUUUUCGUUUAACGAACAGCGAAUUAUAAAAUAACUUAAAUGCUUUGCUCAAAAUGCGGUUGCUGUGAGCUGAAAAAACAUUUUUUUUCUAAACUAAGACAAUUUUUUUAAUAGGUUAAGACAUUUUUUUGAGCAUGAAUUUUUUUGAGCACGUGAACUUAUGUUUAGAAACAAUAAUACAAACUAAGCCAUAUAUAGCCAUAAUAUAUAUGCGAAAAUAUAACAAAAAUAUUUAACGAAAGCAAAUAAA